CUGGGCCCUUCUUGCCCCUCCCCACACUGAAGGAGGAGGGUCCCUCCCACCCAGCCUUAGAAUUCGGAGUCCCAGCCUUACCCCAAACCCUUUUCUCCUAACAGGCUCCGUUGAAGGAGGUCUUACCUUCAUUCUAAACCUUCAACCUCCAUCCAGGCUCUGGACUUUGUGGGUACAGCUUUAUACCAUAGCCUUUCUCUCUCACCCAGGCCCCCAAAUGGAUACCCCAGCCUCAAUCCCAAAUCCUCACAUGGCCCUGUUAAGUGGGGGAGGCUGUCCCUACCCAGAAGCAGGGCAUCGCUGCAGGGAGGAGUGGACCCCUGCGAUUCCUGAGGUAAAGCAAAGCACCCAACUCCCUGGGACCCUCCCCCUUCCCAGUGUGAACAGGCCCCAGGGGUCAGGCGGAGCUGUCUGUGCAGUCGAGCGAGCAAAGACAUGUAAGAUCAGAUGGAGCUUCCACAGGGAGGAGCCCUAGGGGAGCAUCCUGGGAGCCAAACCCCCACCCACAAUUGUGGGGAAGAGGGUGAUGCAGGCAGUGCCUCCCUCCCAGCCUCAAGCUCCAUAGACAAAGAGUCUCUGUGUCUCUAGAGAGGAGGGGUGGGGCCCCAUCUGGGCUGAGGGCAAGAUGGGGGACACGGGGUGGGGGGAGAGAGGGAAUCUCCCAAGCUGCUCCUUGCUGCUCCCCAGGGACAUCAGAAGCUAAGACUUCCCCAGCUAAAAAUUUCUCAUAAAGUUCCUGCCCUGCCCUGCCCUGCUGGGAAGUUCUUCCCAUAGUCUGACUCUAUUCCGUGACUUUUCUCUCUCCAUUCCCUCUUUGAAAGGACCCUUCUGGGCCCACUUUUUCACCCUCUUUCAUUCUCUCCCGCCAACCAGAGAUUCUUUGCCCAGAACAGAGACAGCAAGAGAAUGCCCCUAAUUCCCCACGCCCCUGAAACGCCCCCACGCCCUGAAUAAUUUAAUCAUAAUAGAAAGCCACAUUAUGAGUACAGCAGUAAGAAGAAAUUUUUGACAUAUAAAAGAAAGGGGAUGUAUUGAGGUUAAGGGGGUCCCCCCAGCAGUCUUCCCAGGGUCAAUUCAGAAUCAGGGGCUCCCAGGGCCACUUCACCCUGCAGGGGAUCGCCUGGAGGGUGCUUGUGAGGGUAGAUGAGCAGAGAAUGCAUGGCGGGAGUCAGGUGCUGGCCAGCAGAGGUCACGCAUCAAGGGAAGGAUCAACAUGGCCGGCACAGCCCGGACGGUACUGAUCUCAGGCUGCUCCUCGGGCAUUGGCCUGCAGCUGGCAGCGCAGCUGGCUCGUGACCCCAGGCAGCGUUACCAAGUGGUGGCCACCAUGAGGGACAUGGAAAAGAAGGGGACACUAGAGGCAGCUGCUGGGGAGACUCUGGGUCAGACCCUCACCGUGGCCCAGCUGGACGUGUGCAGUGACGAGUCAGUGGCCCGGUGUCUCCGCUGCAUCCCGGGAGGGGAAGUGGAUGUGCUGGUGAAUAAUGCUGGAGUGGGCCUGGUGGGGCCUGUGGAGGGGCUCAGCCUACCUGCUAUGCAGAACAUCUUUGAUACCAACUUUUUCGGGGCUGUCCGUCUGGUCAAAGCAGUGCUUCCUGGCAUGAAGAGAAGGCGGCAGGGCCACAUUGUGGUGGUCAGCAGUGUCAUGGGGCUUCAGGCUGUCAUCCGCAAAUGGCCCAGAAUUGGACACUCGCGCCAGAACACCACACCGGACCGCGCUGGAUCCUGCACUCCGCGUCCUGUGUUUCCUGCCCAGCUCACCGGCCUGAGUCUGGAGCAGAAGCUGCAGCGAGGCCAGAAGCAGGCAGAGGCCAACCCGCGGCUGGAUCAGACCCCGGCGACUCCCCAUCCCGGGGGGCCCCAGAAAAGGCGGGAGACCAGCCGGUGCGGCUGCGGGGCGCGGCGACUCCGCCGGCUGGGUGCGCUCGCUCGCAGCGGCCGGCUCCACUCGGGAUCCGCGUGA